AAGCUGUCAACACCUACACAUUGCGCGGAGCUCUUGAUAUUGCAUAGCGUGGCAUCGAGUGUUAUUAUCCUAAACCAUUACCUCAUACGUUGCCCGAUCGGCUACCACUUUCCCGCGACAUCCUCUCCAUCAUGUCCGAAGUCACCUUCUGCAAGACGUUCCUCGGCGCAAUCGAUUCUCGCCCCGUCAAGCUCUCUUCCGACUAUGUAUCAGAUGCGCGAACCUACUCGGCGAUGGGCGUUCCCAUCCUGCCCCGUCUCCCGCAAGGCCACCCCCAGCGCCCCAACCCCAAGACCGCCGCCAACGCUUCAACAGCCACAAUCAACAUCUCCCUGAAGCCGAUGAAGCCCACGAAUCCAACACUCCCUCUAUCCGCCGUUGACCCCAGCAAGACUUCUGUCUACGAUCUCAAAUCGCAGUACGCAAGCAGUACUAGCAUACCCGCUGCGAAGAUCAAGAUUCUGUAUAAGAAGAAGCCUGUCACAGAUUCCAAGCUUGUUUCGGAGGUUAUUGGUACGGAUGCAGGCAACGACGUUGAGUUCAGCGUUAUGGUCAUGGGCGGCGCAACGGCGGGUGCUUCGACGCCGAGCGCAGAGUCGCCUGUACAGAGCCCUGCAGCCGUUGCACCGAGCGAGAGUGAUAAGGGGUUGGCUGGUGCUAAUGCUGGAGCGAACAUGGGUGCUGCGGGAGGGGCAGCAGCGGUUGGGCCUAGCGGGAAAGAGGUUGUGGCUACUGAGGAAUUCUGGGGGGAUCUGAAGAACUUUGUCUUGCAGCGGAUAAAGGAUGAGCAAGAGGGGGAUAGGCUGGUGAGCGUGUUCAGGCAGGCUUGGGAGGCUGAUAGGUAAUCGCUAAGAUAUUGCGAAGUGGGAGUGACCCAACGGCCCAAUGAACAAAUCACGUCACUUCAUGCGGGUGGAUAGUUUGAACGUCUUUCAUCUGUGAUAUUUCGCCGAGUCAUCGUUGCCAGACCUCGAGUGGUCUGGCAACAGACAUAUCGAGC